AUGCCUCCCCCACCAAGAACAUCGUACAGACUCGUCCCAUUGGCGAAAUGGAUCUCGUCAAUAAUGAACAUCCCCAACGAACAAAACAAAGUCAUGGUCGCCCAAGGUCAGGUUGUAGUCGGCAAAGACACCCUCGACCUGGUGGAACUCGGCCAAGUGCGUGGCAUCGACGGCCUCGUUACGGAAAACCCUGUCGAUCGAGAACAAUCUGGUUGGUUUUGGAUCGGCAGCCAGUUUCUUGAGCAUGUGCGACGAAAUGGCGGUGGUGUGUGUUCUCAACACCGUACGCAGCGACUCAGAACCCUUCCAAGGAUAUCUGUAACCGAUGGAGCCGUAGGCACCUUCUUGGUGGACCUUCUUGAUGUUUUCCCAGUAUUCUUUGUCUUCCGGUUCCUUUGCUGUAGCUGGGUCUUUCAAGUAGAAGGUGUCUUGCAAAUCUCUGGCUGGAUGCUGUUGAGGAACAAACAAGGUGUCAAAGUUCCAGAAACCGCUCUCCACGUACUGGUUUGA